GUGAGGGGGGCAGGCUGCUGAACUUUUCCUCCUCUGUGGGAAGUUUGAGAGCUCUGUCUGUCUCUCUCUCUGCUCAGACCGCACGCGCUGCACCAUGAAGUGUCCGGUUGUGCUGGCGCUGUUUCCGCUGCUCCUCCGCCUCAGUUCCGCUCAGCACAGAGGUCUGUUCCCUGCAGUGUUAAAUCUGGCUUCGAUGGCUGAGAUCAGUGCGAACGCUACAUGUGGAGAAAACGGACCCGAGAUGUUCUGUAAGCUGGUGGAACACGUCCCGGGACAACCGGUCCGGAACCCUCAGUGUAGAGUGUGUAACCUGAGGAGUGAGAGACCCUACGAGCGACACCCGAUCAAGUUCGCCAUCGACGGCACCAACAGGUGGUGGCAGAGUCCCAGCAUCAAGAAUGGCAUGGACUACCAUUACGUCACCAUUACACUCGACUUACAGCAGGUGUUCCAGAUAGCAUACAUUAUCCUAAAGGCUGCGAACUCUCCACGGCCUGGAAACUGGAUCCUGGAACGAUCUCUCGAUGGAGAAACCUUCAUGCCGUGGCAGUAUUAUGCCAUCACAGAUACGGAAUGCAUCACACGCUUCAAUAUCAUCCCAAGAACUGGACCACCAGCGUAUAAACAUGAUGAUGAAGUCAUCUGCACAUCAUUUUACUCUAAAAUCCACCCGCUGGAGAACGGAGAGAUCCACACGUCAUUGAUAAACGGGCGUCCGAGUGCCGACGACCCGUCACCAACGCUGCUCAACUUCACCACCGCUCGCUACAUUCGCUUCCGGUUUCUACGGAUACGAACCCUGAACGCUGACCUCAUGACGCUGGCUCUCAACGAUCCCCGAGACAUCGACCCCAUCGUCACCAGACGGUAUUAUUACUCUAUUAAGGACAUCUCAGUGGGAGGGAUGUGUAUCUGCUACGGCCACGCCCAAGCUUGUCCUCUCAACACACUCACCAAGAAACUGAGCUGUGAAUGUGAGCAUAACACAUGUGGAGAGAGUUGUGAUCGCUGUUGUCCUGGCUACAACCAGAAACCCUGGAUGGCUGGAACCUUCCUCACACGUCACAUCUGUGAGAAGUGUAACUGUCACCGUAAAUCAGACGAGUGUUACUACAACCAAACCGUAGCCGACAUGAAACUGAGUUUAAACAUUCACGGUGAAUAUGAAGGAGGCGGAGUCUGUCUUGGUUGCUCUGACAACACAGCUGGAAUUAACUGCCAGUCGUGUGCUGAUGGUUUCUAUCGCCCGACUGAGGUGAGUGCAGAUGACCUCCGACCCUGCAGACCCUGCUCAUGUGACCUGAGAGGCUCCGUCUCUGCGGUCUGUGUACCCGAUCAUACUCAGGCCAGUGCAGGGCUGCCUGCAGGUUGGUGCCGCUGUAAGCAGGGAUACGCAGGUGAGACAUGCGACAGGUGUGCUCUCGGCUACACUGGAUUUCCUGAGUGUCAGCGCUGCAACUGCAGUGUGGAGGGCAGCAUUAAUAAGGACCCCUGCCAGCUCCCGUGUGUGUGUAAGGAGAAUGUUGAAGGGGAGAACUGUGAGCGGUGUAAAGUGGGAUAUUAUAAUCUCCAUGGCGACCAUUACGGCGGGUGUGAUAAGUGUUACUGCUCUGGAGUCUCCAGUGUGUGUGUGGAGUCGCAGUGGGAACACACCAAUAUCACUGAAAUGUCCGGUUGGUAUUUGACGGGCGCGCAACGAGAGGGGCGAGUGUGGGCGGCCCCUGAUUUAACCACGCCCCAUCGUGUGACGGUCAAUUAUAAAGAAGCUGAGGCUCAGCUGACCCCGCCCUAUUACUGGAAUGCUCCGCCCUCUUACUUGGGGAACAAGAUUUUGGCAUACGGAGGCUAUCUGACGUACACACUUUCCUGCGAUGGAGACGGGCCAAUCAAAAUGACCGAAGACUCUGAUGUCAUCAUAGAGGGUGGAGAUCUGCGUUUGACAGCCAGUCACUUGGAGGCGGUUCCCACUCCGCGAUUGGUUGGGGUGAUGAGGAGGCGGGUCUCUCUGAGACCGGAGAGUUUCCGUCACCUCGACUUGAACACCGCUGUCAGUAAGAGUGACAUCAUCAGUGUGCUGCUGAGAGUGAGACACAUCAGAGUGAAAGCAGCACACUGUCCACAACACAGUCUGUCCUCAGUCAGUAUGGAAGUCGCUUCUGCAGACUGUCGAUCUGGUGUUCAGGCCCGAGCACUUGAGGUGUGUGUGUGUCCCCACGGUUACACUGGCACUUCCUGUGAGACAUGUGCAGAAGGCUACAGGAGGAUUAAUGGGAUUGUACACCAGGGUGUGUGUGAACUCUGCCGGUGCCACGGACACGCGUCGCACUGUGAUGACGUCACUGGCCAGUGCUUGGAAUGUAGACACCACACCACAGGCCCAAACUGUGAUGUGUGUGCUCCUGGUUACUAUGGUGAUGCCACCAGAGGAACCCCUGACGACUGCCAGCCAUGUGCCUGUCCUCUACUGACGCCCUCCAACAACUUCAGUCCAACCUGCCACCAGGACGAAGAUGGUCAGCUGGUCUGUGAUCGGUGCCGAGUGGGUUACGCCGGUCCUCGCUGCGACAGAUGUGAUAACGGUUAUUUCGGUUCUCCCGGAGUCGUGGGUGGUUUCUGUCGUCCGUGUGACUGCAGUGGGAAUUUGGACCUCUCUGCGCCCCGUUGCUGUGACCCGGUAACAGGGGCGUGUCUUCGUUGCCGUGACGGUUAUGCGGGACCAAACUGUGAAACCUGUGCAGAUGGUUACUAUGGAGACGCCAUCGUGGCCAAGAACUGCCAACUGUGUGAGUGUAACGUUAACGGCUCGGUAUCUGAGGUGUGUAAUAAGGAGACUGGACAGUGUCACUGUUACCAAGGUGUUCUGGGCCGGACGUGUGAUGAGUGUACCCCAGGGACACACAUGCAGGCGGGUAGUGGGUGUGUCCCCUGCCACUGUAACUCGUUUGGCUCUAAAUCGUUCGACUGCAGUGAGAGCGGUCAGUGCCGCUGUCAGCCCGGGGUCACGGGACAGAAGUGCGACCGCUGCGCUCCCGGACACUUCAACUUCCAGGAGGGAGGAUGCACACCGUGUGAGUGUUCUCAUGUAGGGAAUAACUGUGACCCGGGGACAGGUCGCUGUGUUUGUCCUCCCAACACGGUGGGAGAUCGAUGCGAGAAAUGUGCUGCUAAUCACUGGGGCCACGAUAUCACCACCGGCUGCAGGGCGUGUGGCUGUAACGUGAUGGGCGCGGUCACUCAGCAGUGCAACGUCAACACAGGAUGCUGUUUUUGUCGGGAUCAGUACACGGGUGAGAAGUGUAACGAGUGUAAGCUCGGCUACAGGAACUUCCCUCACUGCAUUUCCUGUGACUGCUCGCUCUCCGGCUCCAACGCCGAAACGUGCGACGCUGAAGCGGGCGUGUGUGCGUGUGCUGAGAGGACCGGACAGUGCUCCUGCAAGGAGAACGUGGAGGGUCUGAGAUGUGAGGUGUGUAAGGUCGGGACGUUUGGACUCAGUGUGAGGAAUCCUCUCGGCUGCAGUCGCUGUUACUGCUUUGGCCUGAGUACGAGCUGCACCGAGGCCCAGGGACUGAUCCGCAUGAGGCUGACUCUGAUGCCGGAGCAGACAGUGCUCCCCCUAGUGGAUAAAGACAACACCAAGGAGAUUACAUUUGGAGUAACGUUCCAGUAUCCGGAAAUCAUCGCUAAUGCUGAGGUGAUUCGUCAGGAACUCGCCGAGCCGUACUACUGGAAGCUCCCCAAACAGUUCAGAGGAUCCAUGAUAACUGCGUACGGAGGAAGACUGAAGUACACCAUUUAUUACGAAGCUCGUGACGAAACAGGCCACGCCUCCUACGAGCCACAGGUCAUUAUUAAGGGUGGUGCUAACAGGGACAAAGUCAUGAUACGCCACAUGGUGGAGCCACAGAUUGGUCAGCUGACCCGUCACGAGAUCGACAUGACAGAGCAUGAGUGGAAGCACCAUGACAACAGUGCAAUGAGUCGAGAGGAUUUUAUGGACGUUCUGUUCUACAUUGAUUAUGUUUUCAUCAGAGCCUCACAUGGCAACGUCAUGAGACAGAGCAGGAUCUCCGAGAUCUCUCUGGAGGUAGCAGAAGAGGGCCGGCCUUCAGUGGAGAGCGAACGAGCGCAUCAGAUCGAGAAGUGCAAGUGUCCUCCGGGAUACUCCGGCCUCUCCUGUGAGGAAUGUGCGGCUGGGUUCUACAGGUUGCCUGCGCAUCUCUCCGGCUCCGUGUUCAGGUCUGGGAUGGGUAGCUGUGUUCGGUGUGAGUGUAACAGCCACAGCAGCUCCUGUGACCCCGACACCGGCGUCUGCCAGAACUGUCAACACAACACAGAAGGAGAGAAGUGUGAGAGAUGUUCUGCUGGUUUUUAUGGUGUAGUACGCGGCUCUCCUGAUGACUGCAAACGCUGCGCCUGUCCUCUCACCAACCCUGGGAACAAUUUCAGUCCUGUGUGUGUAACGGAGGGUUUUAAUGAUUAUCGCUGCACCGCCUGUCCUGAAGGUUACGAGGGAAAGUACUGUGAGAGGUGUGCGACUGGUUACCAUGGCAACCCACAGCAACCAGGCGGGCGGUGUGAGGAGUGUGAGUGUGACCUGGUUGGCGCGAUGCCCGUUCCGUGUGACACACACACGGGCGCGUGUCAGUGCCGACCCGGAGCUACGGGCUUGAAGUGUGACCAGUGCAUGGAGCGGCAUGUGUGUGGACCAGCAGGCAUCGUGUCAUGUGAUGAUGACUGUGCUGGGCUCCUGAUCAGAGACAUGGAUCGGUUGCUACGAUUGAUUAGUGGUGCGAAUCUGACGCUGCCCCUCCCCCCACCAUACGGUGCUCUCUAUCGUGUUGAGAACAUGACCGAUGAGCUCAAGCACAUGCUGUCUCCUCAUCGGGCUCCAGAGAGACUUCUGCAGUUGGCUGACAGUAACCUGGGCAGCCUGGUCACCGAGAUGGACGAGUUGCUGAGCAGGGCCACGAAAGUGUCAGCAGACGGAGAACAAACGGACUCGGAUGCCGAGAGGAGCCACAAACGAGCUGAAGAUCUCGCGCUGUUCACUAAGAACACACUCCUUGCGGCAAAAGCUCUGCAUGAUAAAGCCCGUGAGCUGAAUGCCACUUUGGGUGUGAGGGACGGCGGCGUGGAGAAGAGCGUGAACGAGAUGCAGGACGAGAUCAAGGCCAUGAUCGCCGAACUCCGUGCACGCCAACUCACACACCCACACACACACACCGUGCAGGAGGAACUCAGGGCUGCUCAGGAUCUCCUGAUGAAGGUCCAGCGCAGCUUCGUGGCUCCUCACCGCGUCUCCGAGGAGCUGCAGCAGGAAGUCGAUGCCAAACUGCGAGACCACGGCGACAAACUGCGCGGAGCUCAGGAGCUGCUGGACAAGGCUCAGAGCAACACGGGACGCACUCGAACACUGAAUAGUGACAACCUGCGCAGACUAGAGGAGCUGCAGAGAAAAAGGAAUGAAAGCAAUAAAAAGAAGAAGGAGACGGAGGGAAUCCUGGAGGAUGGAGAGAAGAUACUGAAUGAAGCUAACGCUCUCUCGGACAACAUCAACAGCGGCAUAGAGGAGUUGGAGGAGAUGGACCGCGAGCUCGGGCCCCUUGAACAUCAGCUCGACUACAAAGUGUCCCGAUUGGCUCGAGUCGUAGAGGACGACACGCUACCAGAACUCCUGCUCAGAGCCGAGAACCACGCCUCAAAGCUCAACCACUCUGCCGCCAUACUGGACAGCAUCCUGGCUGAGGCUAAGAACCUCUCCUUCAAUGCCACGGCCGCAUUCAACGCCUACAGCAACAUCAAGAACUACAUUGAAGAGGCGGAUAAAGCAGCCAAGCAAGCGAAGGCUACGGCUACGGAGGCUGUGCAGCUGGCCACGGGACCAAAGGGCGCUCUGAAAGAUGAGGCGAAGGGCUCGGUGCAGAAAAGCCAGCGCCUCUGGAACGAGGCUAAGAACCUCGAGAACGUUGUGAAAGAGAAUGGAAAUAAUUUGGGAGUUCUGCAGCUACGGCUCAAAGGCGCUGAUGCCAAGAACAAAGACCUGCUGAAGGGCCUGAACGAAAACCUGGCAAUGCUCCGAGCCAUCCCCAAUGACACGGCGGCUAAACUCCAGGCCACAAAGCAGAAAGCGGGCAAAGCGAACGACACGGCGCGUGAGGUUCUGGCUCGGCUCAAAGACAUGAACCAGAACCUGAUGGGUCUGAAUCGGAAUUACAGUAAACUGAAGGAUGACAUCAACAAAGCCAACAACCUCAUCCAAGACCCUGAGAAAAACAUCCAUGCAGCCGGUGCUAAAGUGAAGGAUCUGGAGGAUGAAGCCGAGCGCUUGUUGGAGAAGCUGAAGCCGAUUCGGGAGCUACAGGACAACCUGCGCAAAAACAUCUCUCAGAUUAAAGAGCUCAUUAAUCAGGCUCGCAAACAGGCCAAUUCCAUCAAAGUGUCCGUGUCGUCCGGGGGAGACUGUAUCCGCACCUACAGGCCGGUUAUUAAGAAAGGCCGCUACAACGCCAUCAUCCUGAACGUGAAGACGCUCGCCGCGGAUAACCUGCUCUUCUACCUCGGCUCGGCCAAAUUCGUGGAUUUCCUGGCAAUCGAGAUGAGGAAGGGCAAGGUGAACUUCCUGUGGGACGUGGGGUCAGGGGUCGGCCGAGUGGAGUAUCCCGACCUCACCAUUAAUGAUGGAAACUGGCACCGAAUCGAAGCCUCGCGUGUUGGUCUGAAUGGCACCAUUUCCGUUCGGCCCCUCGAGGGCCCCAAAGCGGGCAUCGUUCCCACCUGGCAGAGUGCCAAGUCACCUGAGAGCUACACGGUGCUGGAUGUGGAUCAGAACGCUUACCUGUUCGUCGGAGGAAUGUUAGGCAGCGUAAAGAAAGCAGAUGCAGUGAAGACGAUCACGUUCUCCGGCUGUAUGGGAGAGACGUACUUGGACAGUAAACCGAUCGGAUUGUGGAACUAUAGAGAGCGAGAUGGAGACUGUAAAGGAUGCGUGGUCAGUCCUCAGCCUGCUGACUCUGAAGCCGUGGUUCAGUUUGAUGGUGAGGGUUACGCUGCAGUCAGUCGUCCAAUCAGAUGGAACCCCAACAGUUCCACAGUGACGUUCAAGUUCCGCACUUUCUCCACCAGCGCUGUGAUGAUGUACCUUGCCACCAAGGACAUGAAGGACUUUAUGAGUGUCGAGCUGAGUGAGGGUCGUGUGAAGGUCAGCUAUGAUCUUGGUUCUGGUACUGGCUCCGCUCUCAGCCAGAAACGACACAAUGAUGGACGAUGGAAAUCGCUCACUAUGACUCGCUCUAAAAAAGAAGGCACUGUGAUCAUCGUGGACAUGGACACCGACGAGGAGGAGAAACUUUUCAUCACCUCUCAAGGAGGAGCAACAGGUCUCAACCUGAAGGAGGAUGAGAGGAUCUACUUCAGCGGUUUACCCACCAGCGGGCGCUACAGGCCUGAGGUGACCCUGAGGAGAUACGCCGGGUGUAUGAAGGACAUCGAAGUCUCCCGAACACCGUACAACCUCCUAAGCAGUUCAGACUACACCGGACUAACCAAGGGCUGCAGCAUAGAGAACGUCCACACAGUCAGUUUCUCCCGGCCCGGCUUUGUGGAGUUGAGUCCAAUGGUGUUUGAUGUCGACUCGGAGAUUACACUGUCCUUCAGUACUAAGAAUGAAAAUGGCAUCAUCCUGUACGGCCGAGGUGGAGUGACCACCUUGACCCACCUCACCCAGAACACACAGAAUAUCCAGAACCAGAACCGUUUCCAGAACCCAGGCCGCAAACGCAGGCAGACCGGAGAGCCGUAUGUGUCAGUACAGCUGAAUAAGGGAGUUCUGGAGGUGCUGGUGUUCAGUGGCAGUAGGAACCCUCGCCGCAUCUUCAGAAAGCCUGAUGGAGGGAUUUUACAUGAUGGACUCGAGCACUCACUACGCAUCCGCCGGCACUCAGGAAGCUUAUUCUCAGUGCAGGUGGAUGAAGAGGAGCGAUUGGAGCAGGCAUUACCCAGUAAUCAGCCAAUCGUUAUCCAGAGGCUGUUUGUGGGCGGAGUCCCAGCUGACAUGGCAGGUAGCCUGCAGAGACCCGGCCUGCCGUUUGAAGGCUGCAUCUGGAACCUUCUGAUCAACACGAUCCUCAUGGACUUCUCCCAACCGGUGGCCUUCGAGAAUGCAGAAAUUGGGCGGUGUCCUGAUGUCGCCUCACGCCCUCCACAUCCAACUCCAAGAAAAGAGGAGGAAAAAGAGGAGGAGGAAGUGAGCCCACCCAAAUUGCCCACUUAUACAGUGAGGCCACUGCUCCCACCUUCCACUGUUUCGUGUGCGGCGGAGGCGGAGCCUGAAGUGCUGGGUUUAGCGAAACAGUUUGGUCUCUCGAGGAACAGCCACAUGGUGUUCGAGUUUGACGACAGGAAGGUGAAGAACAGCCUGACCAUCGAGUUUGAGCUGAGGACGGAGGCCGAUUCGGGUUUGGUGUUGUAUAUGGCCAGAAUAAAUCACGCCGACUUUGCUACGGUGCAGGUGAAGGAGGGAAUGGCUCACCUGAGCUACGACCUCGGCAGCGGGAACACGUCUGUCAGCGUUCCACGCAUCAUCAAUGACGGACACUGGCACAAGAUUAAGAUACGUAGGGAUAAACAGAGAGGCAUCCUGACGGUUGAUAGCCGUUACAUCAAACACACCGUGAGCCCGAAAAAAGCCGACAUCCUGGAUGUGGUGGGGAAGCUGUACGUGGGGGGUCUUCCUCUAAACUACACCACCAAGCGUAUCGGACCGGUGGUGUACAGCAUUAACGGCUGUAUCAGAAACUUCCAGAUGACAAACGGGCCGCAGGACUUAGAGAAUCCGAGCUCCAGCUACCGCGUCGGCUCGUGUUUCAACAGAACGCAGAGCGGCUCGUACUUCAGCGGUACAGGAUAUGCGAAAGCAGUGAGCACCUACAGAGUCGGGAACGACGUGACGGUGGAGAUGGAGUUCCGCACCAGCCGCAGCACCGGAGUUCUGCUCGGAAUCAGCAGCCAGAUAAUGGACGGAUUCGGCAUCGAACUCGUCAGCGGCAGGGUCCUCUUCCAUGCUGAUAACGGAGUGGGGCGUGUCACGGCCAUCUCCGAGGGGCUGGAGCUUUGUGAUGGACAGUGGCAUUCCAUCACCGCCCACAAACUGAAGCACCGCCUCGAGCUGAUUGUGGACGGCAAAAAAUCCGAAGCUGCCAGUCCAGAUGCUAGCUCCGCCUCCGCUGACACCAGUGACCCUAUCUACGUGGGCGGAUACCCUGAGGACCUGAAGCAGUUUGGUCUGACCGUCAAUACUCCGUUUAAAGGCUGCAUGAGGAACAUAAAGCUCAUUAAAGCAGGAAAAGUUCUGGAGGUUCAGCUCAACAAAGCACUGGAGAUCAAAGGAGUCCAGCCUCUCACCUGUCCUGCUGCCUAGACACACACACACACACACACACACACUUAUUUCACAACUUGUCAUCAGGAAGUGAUUCAGGUCUGAAGAAACACCAAAGAAAUCUUUUAUGCAGUAGAAGCAAACGAACCCAAACCCAACCAGCCAAAUAUGCAAAAUGCAAUUGAUUUUAUUUUAUUUACACGCCGUUGUUGAUCUUUCACCUCUUUCCAUCUCCACACCAUUGAAUCUCAGCUGCCGAAGAAAACAGAAAGAAUUAUUCUCCAGUAUUCUUUAUGCAUCCUUGUUUUUUUUUUUUUUUCUUUUUCUCUUUUAUUUUUUGUAGUCCCACACUUGGCCUCCAUGUUGCAGUGAUUUUUAAAUAAACACGCUUCUCAUAACUUGCUAAUGUGCCUAAUGAUGAAUGCAGCCCAGUGUGAAAUCUGUCGUUCACUGAUUUAUUAUUACUAGCAGUAAUUUUGGACGAGGUUUGUGGAGCUAUAGCCACAACUUUGUUCCGACACUUCAGCGGAUUUGUACUUUACGUGACUAUCAAUAAACUUACUGUUUGUGCUUUUA